AAACAAAUUAAGAAGAGAAGAAAAGUCUGUGGUAUUUUGUUUUUCUACGAAAAUAUUUUUCGAAUUGGUGAUAUGAAUAAUCCAGUCGAUAAAAUCGAAGUACCAUCCCAAAAUGAAGAAACAAACAAAACUAUAAUACUUAAACCCUCCAAUGGUGAGGAAAAACAGAUGGAUGUUUCAGAAAGUUUAAAACCAAAAGCUCCUAAACCAAAAAAGCGAAAGAAGCCAAAAGAUAGCACAGCACCUAGACAGCCUUUGACUGGUUAUGUGAGAUUUUUAAAUGAUAGACGUGAAGAUUUUCGGGCUGAAAAUCCUUCCUUGUCGUUUGCGGAAAUUACGAAAAUGUUAGCUAGUGAGUGGAGUAAUUUGCCAUCAGAUAAGAAACAGCAAUAUUUAGAUGCUGCAGAACAAGAUAGGGAAAGAUAUACAAAAGAGUUUGAAGCAUAUAAACAAACAGAAGCAUAUAAAUUGUUUACUCAGCAGCAAAAUGAAAAAAAGAUGAGAGAUUCCAAAGACAAAGAAGAGAAAGCGUCAGUAACUGCAUCAAGUGUAGUUUCGCAAUCGCAACCAUUGCUUCCAAAAGAUCCCCAUGAUAUGGAAUUUGGAAACUUUGAUAUCCAGAUAUUUACGGAAGAGUUUCUCGACCACAAUAAGACACGUGAUGCAGAACUAAGACAACUUAGAAAGAUCAAUACUGAUUAUGAGCAACAAAAUGCUAUACUCACAAAACAUAUUGAAAAUAUGAAAACUGCAAUUACCAAACUUGAAGCUGAAAUUAUGCAACAGGAAAAAAAUAAUGCUUCCUUACAACAACAUUUAGAUCAUCUCAGAAACACUCUUACUAGUGGUUUUGGAGGUGUGAAAUUACCAGGUGUUAAGGACAUGGCUACUCUUCAAAAUAUAGAUAACUACAUGACGAAUUUACAUUCCAUUUUAUUGGAAAAUAGCAGUCAUGACACACAGUUAUUGCAGACAGUUCGUGACAUUGUUGCCAAAUUAGAAUUUAAUGGAUGACUAGGACCCAGAUCUUCUAAACGAAGACGCAAAUUAAAAAAAAAGUUGUAAAUUAUUUAAGUUUUGUAUAAACUUUUGAUAAUGUUUUCUGGACAGAAUAUUCUAAGCAGUAGUUUAGCAAGAUAGAAGUAAUUGUUCAAUAAUGUUAACAGUGUUGCUAAAUACUACAUGAGUGAGUACUGCUCACAUACUCAUU